UGUCAACAGAACCCUCACACGUGGGGAGCAGGAAGAGCCAUGUGUGGAGAAAUCAGACAGAAUUUAUGAUUAAAGAAUUAAAUCAGAAAUAAAUGCACACAAGUCCAGGAGAAGUGAGGAAAGAUGAAGUUCGCGUACAGGUUUUCCAAUUUGCUUGGAGCCGUCUAUCGCCAGGGAAAUUUGAACUUUUCCAAGGAUGGGAAUGCUGUGAUCAGUCCUGUUGGGAACAGAAUCUCUGUCUUUGACCUGAAGAACAACACCUCUGAGACGUUGCCCGUCUCCACCACAAAGAAUAUAACGUGUGUGGGUCUGUCUCCUGAUGGGAGUUUGGCGGUCGUGGUGGAUGAAGACGGAGCAGCGUUGCUGGUCAGUCUCGUCACCCGAGCCGUCCUGCAUCACUUCCACUUCCACAAACCCGUCAGCAGCAUCCGCUUCUCCCCCGAUGGCAGGAAGUUUGUCGCCACGAAGGAGAACGUGGCGCUGAUGUACCACGCCCCCGGGAAGCAGCGGGAGUUUAACGCCUUCGUCUUAGACAAGAGCUACUACGGCCCGUACGAUGAAACCACCUGCAUCGACUGGACGGACGACUCCAAGUGUUUUGUGGUGGGCAGCAAAGACAUGUCCACGUGGGUGUUUGGUGCAGAGCGCUGGGCCAACCUCAUCUACUACUCCCUGGGAGGACACAAGGACCUCAUCGUGGGCUGUUUCUUUGAGAAGGACAGUCUAGAUCUGUACACGGUGAGCCAGGACGGGACUCUGUGCGUCUGGGAGAGCGACACGGAGCUGGACGGCCUGGUCCUGAGAAAGACGCAGGACAGUCCUGACACCUCGACGGAGGGAAAGGAAGAGGAGGAGGACACGCUGGCGGAAGAGGAGGGAGAGGUGAUCAGAGGGAAAUCUGACAAUCCCAAAGACAAAGGCCAGACCAAGAACGUUCGCUACAAGCAGAUAAGCAAACAUUUUUUCAACAAGGAGGGAGAUUUCAACAACCUGACGGCCGCUGCGUUCCACAAACCCUCCCACAUCCUGGUCACCGGCUUCGCCUCAGGGAUGUUCCACCUGCACGAGCUCCCGGAGUUCAACCUGGUUCACUCCCUCAGCAUUUCAGAUCAGAGGAUUGCAUCCGUGUCUAUAAACGACUCCGGAGACUGGAUCGCCUUCGGAUGUUCCCGGAUGGGUCAGCUGCUGGUGUGGGAGUGGCAGAGCGAGUCGUACGUCUUCAAGCAGCAGGGACACUUCAACAACAUGGCGGCGCUGGCGUACUCGCCGGACGGGCAGCACAUCGCCACGGGAGGAGACGACGGCAAAGUGAAAGUGUGGAACACCAACACCGGCCUCUGCUUCGUCACCUUCACCGAGCACAGCAGCAGCGUCACCAACGUCACCUUCACCUCCAGCGGCUUCGUCAUCGUCAGCGCCUCCCUGGACGGGACGGUCCGGGCCUUCGACCUGCACAGGUACCGAAACUUCAGGACCUUCACGUCGCCUCGGCCGGCCCAGUUCUCCUCCCUGGCGGUGGACGCCAGCGGGGAGCUGGUGAGCGCCGGAGCGCAGGAUUCCUUCGAGAUCUUCCUGUGGUCCAUGCAGACCGGCAGGCUGCUGGAGGUGCUGGGGGGACACGAGGGCCCGGUCAGCUGCCUGUGCUUCAGCCCGGUCCAGUCCAUCCUGGCCAGCGUCUCCUGGGACCGCACCGUCCGCCUCUGGGACAUGCUGGACAGCUGGCAGGUCAAGGAGACCCUUCCCCUCACCUCUGAUGGGUUGUCGGUGACGUACCGGCCCGACGGCCAGGAGCUGGCCGUGGCCACCCUGAACGGCGAGGUGGCUUUCUGGAACCCUCACACGGCCACGCAGACCGGCUCCGUGGCCGGACGCCACGACCUGCAGACGGGCCGCAAAGAGGCCGAUAAGAUCACGGCCAAGCAGCUGGCCAAGGGGAAGUCCUUCACGUCGCUGUGCUACUCGGCGGACGGGGAGUCCAUCUUGGCAGGAGGCCAGUCCAAGUUCGUCUGCAUCUACAACGUCAAGGAGCAGAUGCUCAUGAAGAAGUUUGAGAUCUCCUGCAACUUGUCUUUUGAUGCCAUGGAGGAGUUUCUGGACCGGCGGAAGAUGACGGAGUUCGGCAGCUUGGCUCUGGUGGACGAGGGAGCCGGAGACGGGGACGGGGUCAACAUCAGCCUGCCGGGAGUACGGAGAGGAGACAUGAGUUCUCGUCACUUCAAGCCAGAGAUCAGAGUCAGCUCGCUGAGAUUCUCUCCCACCGGUCGCAGCUGGGCGGCCACCACCACCGAGGGCCUGCUGGUCUACUCCCUGGACGGGUCCCUGGUCUUUGACCCGUACGACCUGGACCUGGACGUGACGCCGGCUAGCAUACGGAAGCAGCUGCGCCUGCAGGAGUGGGCGUCGGCCAUCGUCCUGGCCUUCAGACUCAACGAGAAGGCGCUCAAGCAGGAAGUGCUGGAGAAGGUCCCGCACGAGCAGAUCCCGGUGGUUUGCGGCUCUUUGCCCGACGUUUACGUGGAGAAGCUGCUGGGUUUCGUGGCCACGUGUUUGGAGAAGUCCAGCCACAUGCAGUUCUACAUGACCUGGGCCCAGAACCUGCUCAUGCUGCACGGACAGAAGCUCAAGAACAGGUCCGGGUCCUUAAUGCCGACGCUGCAGGCGCUGCAGAAGAGCCUUCAGAGACACUUUGAAAAUAUGUCCAAACUCUGCGACUUUAACAUGUAUAACAUCCGUUACGCGGUGGCCCUUUCCAAGCAGAGGGGGGUGAAGAGGCCGGCUGGGGAGGAGGAAGAUGAGGAGGAGGAGGAGGAGGAGGAGCAAGAGGAUGAAGGACUGUCUGAAGAAAUGAGCGAGGUCUCUUUCCAAGAAGCAGAGACGAUGCUGUAGAAUUUCUCUGUACUUAAAUAUUGUGAUUUAAAACUUGUUUUUUAAAUAAAUUCAUAUA